AUGGCGCUAUCCAUCUCGGUGCUCCUGAGAAUAUGCUCUCGCAACGGGCGCUUCCUGCGAAUGCGUGCUUCUGUAAGUUUAGGAGCCGCAGGCUCGAUCUGCCCAGGCGCGAAAAACAUGUCCCGAGUCGUCACACCAGUUCGAGAAGCAGCUUCAUGGAUUUCACCUCCGAAAGCUUCGUGCAUUAGUGAGGUCCAGGCCAAAAAGCCGUCGAACCCGGUAACCGUGUCUCUUGAGCACAUGUCUUGUCCACUUCCGGAACGGAGCCAGGGGCAUCGCGUGGAUCCACUUGAGGUCAAGACCCUUGAAUGUCCACUGUCGCCACUCAUGCCCCCGGAGCUCCACUGA